GAUAAGUUUGUAUGGCGCUGAGCUUUUGUUUUUGUGAAGCGCUUGUUUGCGGACUUGCGAAACUUGCGUGUUUUUACGAUAGUUUAUGUGACACAGGGGGAGGGGCUAGUGUGUGUUUUUGAACAAUUUGAGCUCGUGUAAUUAAUGCGAGGAAUGCAUCAUGCGGGGUCUCAUAUUGUGUCGUUUGACAUGAAGCGGCUGGAUGUCAGGCAGAGAACACAGAUUUUAGACACUCGCCAAGCGAGGAACAAGCUGUUUGUGAUGGAGUACAAUAUUAUCAUCGUCUUACUCACAUUAGUUUUAACUACAAACGAUGUGGUUAGCGGAUCUUUAAAGUCAAAGAGCUCUGGUUCAUUUUCCAAGAGUGCCAGGGCUCUUUGUACCACAUGCAAAGUGAUACGGAGAGUGGGCAACCACUCAGUUGAACCUGGCGAAGCGGUGAAUUUGAAAUGUGCAUUUCGAGGCGUUCAUCCAAGCAACAUUACUUGGCGUCGAAAUGGAAAACGACUGAGGGAAACAAAAAAUGUCAUUAUAAGUGAAUGGUCGUCGAAUGGACCUAAUGGUCGACGGAAUGGUUCGAAACUACGAAUAAGAAGCCUGACUCAAAAAGAGACUGGUACAUACGUUUGUGUCGGUCGUAAUAAUAAAGAGCAGUAUAUUAAAUUAACAGGAUAUGUCAAGUUUGCCGCAAAACAAAAAGUGUCAAAAAUCAUUCAAAAGUCUUCAAAACAGAAAACAGGCCGUUGUAGAAUGUACAAGGGAACGAUAUGUGCGCCAUAUAUUCAAGACAAUGUUCAUAUAUUCGUCGAAGACGGUUUUCACAAGAGUCAAGCAUAUAUUGAAGAGAAAUUAAGAUUUGGAUACCAAUACAUGAGCCCGAACUUAAGUAAAUCGUGUAGUCCAGCAGCACUUCCACUUUGGUGCCACCAUCAUUUCCCCGCAUGUACUAUUGUGAAUUCCAAAGCAGAACCAAAACCCAUAUGUAAAAGUGAAUGUAAUCGUAUUGAAAGUCAAGAUUGUAAACGAGAGUAUGAUGAGAAAAAGAAGGCAGAGAGUGCUGAUAAAAAGAAAGCGUCUUCACAGAGCAGUGAUGAUGAUCUGUUCCCGGAUUGUACGCUGUUACCCAGUGAAAAUCCUUUUCAGCCAACGACAUGUGUUUCUAUCAAACGACAUGUUACCUCGUUACAGACAGGUCCAGAUAUCAGUCCGGCAAGUGGUCAGUGCAAAGUUUACAAUGGUGACGUGUGUAAAAUGAAAAAUGGCAAUAAAGUAUUUGUCAAAGAUGGCAUGGAAAUAUCAGAUAUUGAAAAAGUAAUUAAGGAAGCAUUGGAGAAACGAGGUUAUCUUUCAAACCAAUGUCAAUCUUACAUUAAACCAUUGCUCUGUCAAUUACAUCUGCCUGAUUGCGACGAGUCAUCUUCCAUUCCAAAAGGAAAACCAAUCUGUAAAGAUGAAUGUCUAGUUCUCAAAACUAAGUUUUGUAAGGGCGAAUAUUCAGAUCCAAACAAAUUGCGCGCUCCAAGUAUCUUCUUUGAUUGUUCGUCCUUGGUAUACUUGACCAGCAAAAGUGGAAAAUGUUCAUCGUUGGGAGUUCCUACAGCCAACCUUCCAAACGUUCCUGCAACAAAAAGACCAAUGAUUGGAACCUGUCAGCCUUACCGAGGAAAUAUCUGCAGAGAAUAUCUUCAUAACAAAAACAUUUUCAUCGAAGAUGGGAACCGUCAAUCCAACAUUGAAAUAAAGUUAAAAAUCGCUAUGACUGAUAUUGAGAAAUUCCCUAUAUCUGCAAAAUGUGAUCCAUUUGUGUUACCUUUGCUGUGCCAUCAUUUGUUUCCAUUUUGUGAGCCCGAAGUCGAGAGUCUUAGACCAAGCAAAAUUUGCCGCCAGGAUUGUGAUCGUAUUCGUCACGAGUUCUGUCCUUUUGAAUACACGAUUGCUGAAGAAGAAUUUUUAACUGGAUCUAUUCUCUUUCCAAGUUGCCAUGUUUUAUCUGAGUCAAAUAAAAAAUGCAUAUCUUUACAAAGAUAUUUCAUCACUAAUACAACAGUAUCUAUCCCAGGUGAUUGUUACCAUGGUAACGGUAUGUUGUACAGAGGUUUUACCAACACCACAGAAUCUGGAGAAGCUUGCCAAAGAUGGGAUGAGACCGGUACAUUGCACUCUAAUCUGGAGAAGAAUUUCUGUCGUAACCCAAGAGGAAAGAGAAGUAAACCGUGGUGUUUCGCAGACCAAAGGGUCCAACUUUGCAACAUUCCUAAAUGUGAUUCCAGUGACUCUCCUUUCAAUGGCACUGGUGAAGACUACCUCGGCACAUUAAACACGACAGUUAAUGGGAACCAUUGCCAACCUUGGAAUAAACAUGAACCAGAGCAUAAAUGGGCCCAUAAUUAUUGUCGUAAUCCAAAAGGAAGUGAGGAAACUCAACCCUGGUGUUACGUCGCGAAAGGCAAACGGGAGUCGUGUGAUGUUCCUAAAGUUUCUGCCAGAAAAUUUCCUGAAAGUGGUGGACAUUUAUCAAACCUCCUUUAUACGGUAAUACCAUGUGUUGUAUUCGGCUUGAUAGUGGCUGUUGUAAUUAUUGCGGUAUGUUGGAAACGACAUAAACAAGGCCCAGAUGCAAUCAAGAAAAAUACCAGAAUGACCGUUACUGUUUUAUUACCUGAGUUGCGUACUAUCCCAGGCGAGAACAUUCUGUUACCGAAAUUUAUGGGAAAUGGAAAGUUUGGCUCAAUGUACACUGGUGAGAUCCAUUCUGAAGAUGGCAGUCACGUGAGCAGGCUAGUUAAAGUGGCCUCGAACGAUUCUCGUGAAGAAUUCAUCGAUCAAGCGAAGAGAUGGUCACAAUUCCAUCAUCCUAACCUGCUGAUCAUAGAGGCGAUAACCUCAGGAAGUGAACCUAUGACCUUGGUUUAUGAACCAGCUGGGCAUGGUAGCUUGCACCAAUACUUGAUCUAUCAUUCACCAAACAACCCCAACUUCUCUAAAGAUCAUGCGUUACUCGAUAAAGCAGGUCUGUUGGACAUCUCACGUCAAAUCGCUGCGGGAAUGGCGUAUUUAUCUUCUCAUGAUUAUGUUCAUGGUGAAUUGAUGACGAGAAACUGUCAAGUUGCCCAUUCGUUGGUUAUCAAAAUAACUGACUUCACCAUUGACCGUGAUGCCUGUUACUUUCGCCGACCAAACAAACGACCUAUUGCCCUUGGCUGGAUGGCCCCGGAGACCAUACAAUCUGAGACGUAUACAAUUCAUUCAGAUGUCUGGGCAUUCGGGAUCGUAUUGUGGGAAAUCUUCACCUAUGGUUUUCAACCAUACUUCGGUUUUAUCUUCCCAGAAGUGCGGGAAAAAAUCUUGAAUAUGGUGCUUCUUGAACAACCACGAGACUGUAUUCCAGUCGUUUAUGAACUCAUGAGAAAUUGCUGGACGAAGAAUCCAACACAUCGUCCACAGUUUGUCGAUCUUCAUGAAGAUUUGAACACUUUAUGUAAUGAAUAUCUUGAGGAUGAUGAACAAGAUAGUCGUUAUGUCACUGAAGUAAAUUUAUAAUAUAAUAUAUUGACUUGUAAAUAUAUAACCUACCAUAGUGGUAAAUGAAUAUAAUAUUAUAAUACCCUGUUCAUAUUAAACUGCACAUAUA